UCUCAAUCCCCGUCUCCAAGACUCCAAGCAGCGCCGACGCCGCAGCACAAGGAGGUGAAGAAGAAGGAUCAGAGCCGCGACUCAACAAUGGCGACAGGCAAAACUGUUAAGGAUGUCUCUCCACACGAGUUCGUCAAGGCUUACGCUGCCCAUCUCAAGCGCUCUGGCAAGAUUGAGCUGCCUCUGUGGACAGACAUAGUCAAGACUGGUAAACUUAAGGAGCUUGCACCGUAUGACCCUGACUGGUACUACAUCAGAGCCGCUUCAAUGGCAAGGAAAGUCUACUUGAGGGGUGGUCUUGGAGUUGGUGCCUUCCGCAGGAUCUAUGGAGGAAGCAAGAGGAACGGAAGCCGUCCACCUCAUUUCUGCAAGAGCAGUGGUGGUAUUGCUCGUCACAUUCUUCAGCAACUCCAGACCAUGAACAUUGUCGACCUUGACACUAAGGGGGGGAGGAAGAUCACAUCAAGUGGUCAGAGAGAUCUUGACCAAGUCGCAGGAAGGAUUGCAGCAGCCAUCUAAAUCAAAAUCACAGAUGGUCAACUCUAAGUCUAAAGUUUAUGUUUCGGAUUUAGUUAUGGAAUGAGUUGCAUUUGAAAACCAGUAGUAGAAUUCCCUCAUUUUUUGUUUUGAUGAGUUUUGUUCCUUUUGGCCCUCUUUUUUUUUUUUUUUUUAAAUUCUGAGCGACUUAUGGCUUAUAUAUUUGAUAUUAUCUUUGACCUCGUUUUUCUAUUGGUUUCAUGCAAAUUCAAGUUAUAAAUUUGGUAA